AUGGCGAACAGCACUGCGGAACCAAGUAUAAGCAAAUAUUUUGCCAACGAUCCUCCCAGCUGUUUCGACAGUUUGACUGCCGGGGAAGGUGUUCGGUCGCAAACAGCCAGUGGAUCGGUAUCGGAUGCGUACCUAUCGUACGACUAUUUGGCGAACAACUCGCCGCAACCAAACAUUCCCGAUAGCGUGCGCGACCUGUGGGAACCGCCAAAGACGAUCCCCGGUGUUCCACCCACUAAAUUAACAAUGCCCGGGGUGAGUGUUGCCACAGAUCUUACUGAUCCAGUGCAAGACGCCGUUGGUUUGCUGGUCGAUUCGAAUGAGGCGCAACAACGCAAACUUCUUCUCCCGGACAACGUGACCCAGGACGAGCGAGGCCUGCGUGAACUGAUCGAACGUGGUUGUUUCCGAUCCGCUGUGAAUCUAACCGCCCGGCUGCUGACGAUCAAACAGCAAGGUUUCGGUCACGCCGGGCAUCCAGUAAAGCACAGCCCGCAUUCCCUGCAGCUUUGGUUCACGCGCCUGGCAUUGCUCGUGAAGCUGGGCCAAUACGAAAUUGCCCGAGUGGAAGCAGAACCGUUCGAGUCACUGGCGAAUCCUGACGUGUUUUACGAGUUUUAUCACCCCGACAUGCAUAGCGAUCGGAAGGGAUCGAUGGCUCCAUUCUCAUUCCGGUUGCUGCUCGCUGAACUGCCCGUCUAUCUCGGGGCUCCCCGACUAGCCCUUGACCGACUGACCGAGCUGCUGGCCGUCGUAAAUCAAAUACAAUCCUACUUCGGCCGGGCGUCCGUUCCGCACGCAAAGGAAGCCCAUGCUUUUUGGUCUGCUCGGGAAACACGAAUUUUGCAUUCCGUCGUAAACUGCGCGCUAGCAGUAAAAGAUUUUAACCUUGUCGAACAGUUGCUGGAUCGACUCGUCAUCGCUGCACCGACUACAGAUAAACGUCACCUCUUGUCCGCAUGGGGUCGGAUCCGGCUGCAGUGUGGCGAUAUGUUCGGGGCAGAAAAGAAAUUUUCAGAAGCCCGUCGUCUCAAAGAAGCUAAUACCUCGGAGGUCGCUGAUCUUAUUGACCGUGGUCUUCUAGCUGUAGCGCAGAACGACUUUCAGAGUGCAUUUGAUCUGUUCCAAAAAGCGUCAAAUGACGCCCCUGCCAAUACGAUGCUGUACAACAACAUGGGCGUGUGCCUGUUGUACUCUGGUAAGCUGAAGGAAGCCAUCAAGCUAUACGAGGGAGCAAUUCAGCGGAACGCUAAGCCGUGUUUGAAUGAAUCCCUGCUGGUGAAUCUUUCGACGUUGUACGAGCUGGAAUCGAACAACGCAAAGGAGAAGAAAAUCAACCUAUUAAAGCUGGUUAACCGACAUCGCGCCGAUCUUACCGUGGGUUUGGACGUUUGUCUCAAACUUCAGACAACCGUUUAGAAAGCAUAAAGGGUAACAUUACGCUCCUAAUUAAGUAGAUUCAAAGUGAGCGAAUAAA